UUCAAGAGCUUUUUUAAAAAGCCAACCAAUGUACAUGCUCUUUAGCCUAGUAUAUAAGAUCAGAGGCUAUAUAUAUGAUACGAAGUAGGUCUCAAGUAUAAAAUUUUUCCAACAUUAUUAAAUUAUAUUGGCUGUGAGACUCAUUCGAAUCAAAAGUAAUCAACCAAAAGAAUAGUGAUACCUCACAAUUUUAACUCAAGAUCUUGUAAUUUUGACUGAAGGUCUUUCGAUUCGAGUUGAGUCGAGCCGAGCGACAAAAGGCGGAGGGCAAAAGAAAGGUAUACCGGGAGUAGUAGUAGAAGUCUACUUUUAAAAAGAGGAGGCGGGAGGAAGAAGACGGCCAGGUGGAUAGUAUAAGAACAAGUAUAGCUGGAUUUUAACACAUUACACAUAUUUGUCUCCGCCACCCAAAUACCAAUUUCUCCUCUUCUCUAUAUAUCUCCCUCUCUCUUUCUCCUCUUCCACAAGAGAGAGAAUUUUUGCAAUCUUUAUUAUUUUUAAAUUUUAACUUUUAUAUUUAUAAUCGAACGUUUUGGAUUCUGGCGAAAUUUUUCUCAACUUUCAACGAAACCCACUCUCAAAACAAAAACAAACACCGAAAAUUAAAAAUAGAAAUAGGGCUUGUUCUUAUUUUAUUGUAAAUUUCCUCAUUUUUCUCUCACCUCCUGCGGAAACACAAAGGAGGAAACUUAUUUUUUGAAGAAAUUAAAUACAACUCCACCGAUUGACGUAUAAAUCCCAGGUUUCAUGCGUGCAACUCUGUAAUGUUUCAUGGAGGAUAUGAUACAGUGACUCGGCUUUGAUUUCUCGACAUAUCUUGCGAUUUUCGAUAUUUUUGGUUGGAAUUCUUUUUGAUUUUGUGGUGUGGGUUGUUUGGAAGAAUUGAUUGAUCUGUUGGUGUGUAAUUUGAGCUAGUGAUCAUGGUUGCCACGGCUGCAACUUCUGCUUUCUUGCCUGUUGUUCCUUUACCUCCUGACUCGAACUCAAAACCCUCAUCGAAUAAACUUGGUUCCUCAAAUUUAGAUACCAGUGGCAUCAAGUCGAAAUCCGGCUCAUCCCGGGGUUUGAAAGUCAAAACCAAUGCACAAGCUCCCCCGAAGAAGAUUAAUGGUAACUCGGUUAGCCUUUCUUCAGCUAUGGAAGGAGUGAGGGAAGAAAGCUCAUCUCCUCCCCCUAGGACCUUUAUCAAUCAGUUGCCUGAUUGGAGCAUGCUUCUUGCUGCAAUUACUACUAUAUUUUUGGCUGCUGAGAAGCAGUGGAUGAUGCUUGAUUGGAAACCAAAGCGCUCUGACGUGCUUAUUGACCCUUUUGGCUUCGGGAGGAUGGUUCAAGAUGGGUUUGUCUUCAGACAGAACUUCUCUAUUAGGUCAUAUGAGAUAGGGGCGGAUGGAACGGCUAAUAUAGACACGUUAAUGAACCAUCUGCAGGAAACAGCACUCAAUCAUGUGAAAUCAGCUGGCCUUUGGGGUGAUGGCUUUGGUGCAACCCCAGAAAUGUGCAAAAAAAAUCUAAUUUGGGUGGUUGCACGAAUGCAGGUUCUCGUGGAUCGUUAUCCAGCUUGGGGAGAUGUUGUUCAAGUAGAUACUUGGGUUAGCUCAUCUGGGAAGAAUGGUAUGCGCCGUGACUGGCUGUUUAGAGACUGCAGGACUGGCGAAAUUCUCACGAGAGCCUCAAGUGUCUGGGUGAUGAUGAAUAAACAAACGAGGAGGUUGUCGAAAAUGCCAGAUGAAGUGCGUGCAGAAAUAGGGCCUUUCUUUGUGGAUACUCCUCCUGUUAUUGCGGAGGAUGGGAGGAAGCUUACCAAACUUGAUGACAACUCUGCUGAACAUAUCCGUUCUGGGCUUACUCCUAGAUGGAAUGAUUUGGAUGUCAAUCAGCAUGUCAACAAUGUUAAGUACAUUGGUUGGAUCCUUGAGAGUGCUCCACAAUCAAUACUAGAGACCCAUGAACUCUCAGGAAUGACUUUGGAGUACAGAAGGGAGUGUGGAAAGGACAAUGUGCUACAGUCACUGACUUCUGUCAUGGGUGCUAAUGUUGGCGGACUCCAAGAUUCUGGGAAUGUGGAGUGUCAGCAUUUGUUGCGACUUGAGGACGGGGCUGAGGUUGUAAGGGGGAGAACCGAGUGGAGGCCGAAGCAUGCUAAGAACUUCGGCAUGUUGGGUCAAGUUCCAGUAGAGAGUGCUUAGUGGCCAUGGCCAUCUCUCUCUCUCUCUCUACCUGAUAUUCUUGUGCAGAAUCAAAUCUUUGGCCAGGAUUCUCAAAUGCUUUCAUUCCUCCUUUUUCUUACCCUUUUUUUAACCCUUUUUCUCCAAUAUAUGUUUUUUUUUUUUUUUUGUUGAAUGAUUCUACAAUGUAAUUAGCCUAUGGUAUUGUAUCUUCUACCUCCCCCUCCCCUCCCUCAUCUUCCUCAUCUUAAUGAUCAUGGUAGGACAAAUGAUAAGAAAUUAGGGAUAUGUUUUGUUCUUUGAUUCUUUUUGGAAAUGGUUAUUAUGGUGAGUUUCUUGUUCA